AUGCAUGAUCUUGCAAUGUCUAUUAUGAUACAAGAGUGCUAUAUAAUAGAGCCUGGGAAGGAGCUGAAAAUUCCAGAAAAAGUUCGCCAUUUAUCUUUUUAUGUGAGCUCACAUGGGAUGGUUCCUCGAUGUGAAGAUGUGCGAAAAGUGCAAUCUUUACGCUCCAUUGUAGUUCUAUCAUGGCACAUGAACGGGAAGGAUAUUGCUACCUACAUCUCAAAACAAAGUAAUCUGAGAGUGUUGGANGAAGAUGUGCGAAAAGUGCAAUCUUUACGCUCCAUUGUAGUUCUAUCAUGGCACAUGAACGGGAAGGAUAUUGCUACCUACAUCUCAAAACAAAGUAAUCUGAGAGUGUUGGACUUGAAUAACUGUUACUUGAACGAAGUACCAUCUUCAAUUGGGCAUUUGAAACAUCUUAGGUACCUCAACAUGUCGAACCCUUGGAUAAAAAUUCCGAAAUCAACGAGUUAUUGUGAGAUUCAUCCGUUGCUCAGUUAUAGGCAAACAAUGACAGAACAUGGGUCAGGGUGGUAUAAAACUGAAAAAUUACCAUCUUCAAUUGGGCAUUUGAAACAUCUUAGGUACCUCAACAUGUCGAGCACUGUUAUCAAAUCCUUACCGGAAUCAAUGACUUGUCUGCAAAAUCUACAGACAUUGAAGCUGAAAGAUUGCAGCCUACUUCGUAAAUUGCCCAAAGGUAUGAAAAAUUUGAGAAAUCUUAGAUGUCUUGACAUUAGAGGAUGUGAUUCUCUUGUUUGUAUGCCUGCUGGACUCGGGCAGUUAAGACACCUACAGACUUUAAGCAUCUUUAUUGUGGGUUCGGACCGUGGUCAACAAAUAGGCGAGCUGAAAGAAUUAAAUCUUAGUGGUGAGUUGACCAUCAAGGGACUCCAUAAUGUAAGAGAUUCAGAGGACGCAAGAAGUGCCAACUUAAAGAGGAAGCAGGAUCUUUGUGCUUUGAUAUUGGAUUACGAGGAUAUCAAGACUGACAACUUACAAGAUAAUGAUGAAGAAAUUCUUGAUGGUCUCCAACCUCAUCCAAAUCUAAAGAAGUUGAGGAUAUGUUCGUAUCAAGGCUUGAAGUUUCCUAAUUGGAUGCUAGAUUUGGAUCUUCAAAAUCUGAUUAAAAUCUCUCUAGUUGGAUGUAAGAGAUGUGAACGUCUUCCACCUCUCGGGAAACUACCCUCCCUCAAGGAUCUUUCUAUUUUUGCAAUGGAUGCUGUUAAGUGUUUCAACAAUGACUACUAUGGAGAUGGGGAACAAUCAUUUCCAGCACUGGAAAAGCUCAGAUUCAGUGCAAUGCAUAGUUUGGAGGAAUGGACAACAGUUGAUAGAGGAGAAAUUUUUCCUCGUUUGCGGGAAUUAUACAUCAAUCAAUGUCCCAGGUUGACUGAAUUUCCUUGUCUUCCAUCACUUGGGAGAUUAAGCAUACAAAACAUCAAUGAGAUGCUAUUAAGGUCGGUGAUGGAUCUCACUUCACUUUCCUGGCUUGAAAUAUUUAGGUUUGAUGGGUUGGAGUUUCUUCCAGAUGGACUGCUUCAAAAUCACAAGGUUCUUGAGACCCUAUGGAUUAGUGGACUACGCAAUCUCAAGACCCUGUCACAUCAGCUGGAUAAUCUUUCUGCUCUGAAACAAUUGACAGUUAAGUACUNGAGACCCUAUGGAUUAGUGGACUACGCAAUCUCAAGACCCUAUGGACUCAAAAACCUCAGAUCCCUUGAGACACUCGAGUUACAGGAUUGUGACAGCCUGACAUCCUUACCGGCGACAGGGUUACAAGGCUUGUCUUCCCUGAGAUCAUUGAAUAUAUAUUCCUGCAAGAAACUAAGUUGUUUAUCUGAAGGAGUGAAACACCUGACUGCUCUCCAAUAUUUGCGCAUAAAUAGAUGUCCAAAGAUGACGUCAUUGCCCGAAGACAUGCAACAUUUAAAUGCUCUCCGAGAGCUGAUUGUAUGGUCUUGUAAUGGAUUAGUUUCUCUACCGAAUUGGCUAGGAAGCCUCACGUCGUUGCAGUUUUUGAAUUGCCCCAACUUGAUCUCCUUGCCAGAUGGGCUGCAGNUUAGUUUCUCUACCGAAUUGGCUAGGAAGCCUCAUGUCGCUGUCGACAUUGGAAAUUGGCAAUUGGCCCAACUUGAUCUCCUUGCCAGAUGGGAUGCAGUCACUCAAAACACUGUAUAUUAA